AUGCGUCUUUCGCCUAUCGUCCUUAGCUCUAAGAUUCGUCGCCUACCACUAGUCACCUCGAACUGUGGGUUCUGCAAAACAAUUCCUUCAAUAUUUUCAAAUGAUAUCGUAUGGGGAAUCGAAGGUGAUAAAAAGAUUACAAGCAUCAGUUCACGCAGCACUGAAGCCGUUAGGCUACAGCAUCACAACUCCAAAACGUACAAUGUGCAUCAUCGGCCCCAGAGCGGCCCGACACCCGUGUUUACGUAUAUUGACCUGACUGGUUUUUCUUCCUUGUCACUUAUCAUCACCAUCCGCUCCAACCCUCGCACCCUUAACAAGGACAGUAAUUACCGCGGGCAGAUAAACCGCAAUGACGGUUGUGGACGGAAAGAUGCUGUUCGUCGCAUUUGGACGCCAUCGAAGGAUUGUCAAAACUCCAUGAAGCCGAUUACCAAGGACGUUUGGCGUGAUGGUUGGGUAUUAGACUGUGGAGGAAAAGGCGCGGAGCGUGACGAGGGGUUGACGCAGCAUGCACAGGGUUGUUGGGUGGUUGGCUGCAGGCACGCCGAGAACACGACGCUAAUUCUCCAGCUGCUUCAAAUCCGGGGCUCUCCUCCACAUCCUCAAAAUCGUCGUAGAAAUCUGGUCCAGUCGGAACACCGUAGGACGUCCUCUCCGGUCAAGGGUACAUUUCGGCUUGCCCGCAGCGCAGGCUCACGAUCCCAGAAGACGGCAACUCGAGAAUCACGCGUGACGCGAGGCUCUUCUUGCGAUAUAGUGACAGUGCUCGUAACUAGAAUAUCAUCCUCCUUUCCCAUCCAAGGGCUGCGUAUACUCCACACUGAGGUCGGGCUCGUCGAGGAGGCAUGCUUCUGAGACGAGCGAUUUUCCGAUCG